AUGUUGUUGUUGUUACAUGAUGUAGAAACUGAGAAGGCGAUAUUUGAACAGAUUAUAAAAGGAGAAGUUGAUUUUGAGAGCCAGCCAUGGCCGUCUAUAUCUGAGAGUGCUAAAGAUCUUGUGAGGAAGAUGCUCACUAAGGACCCCAAGAAACGAAUCUCAGCGGCUCAAGCUCUUGACGGAGAAGCACCGGACAAGCCUAUUGAUAGUGCUGUGUUGUCGCGUAUGAAGCAAUUCAGAGCAAUGAACAAGCUUAAGAAGCUAACUCUCAAGGUUAUUGCAGAGAGUCUAUCAGAAGAGGAAAUUAAAGGUCUUAAAACCAUGUUUGCGAAUAUGGAUACCGAUCAAAGCGGCACAAUCACAUACGAAGAAUUAAAAACCGGACUGGCUAAACUCGGUUCUAAACUCUCUGAAGCUGAAGUUAAGCAACUCAUGGAAGCUGCUGAUGUAGAUGGAAAUGGAACAAUCGACUACAUAGAGUUUAUAUCAGCAACAAUGCAUAGAUACAGAUUGGAUAGAGACGAGCACUUAUUCAAAGCGUUCCAAUACUUUGACAAAGACAACAGCGGGUUUAUCACAAUGGAUGAGUUAGAGUCAGCCAUGAAAGAGUAUGGUAUGGGAGAUGAUGAAGCUAGCAUCAAAGAAGUUAUAGCGGAAGUAGAUACUGAUAAUGAUGGAAGAAUAAACUAUGAAGAAUUCUGCGCCAUGAUGAGAAGUGGUACCUCACAGGCGCCACAACAAAGCAAAAUCCUGGUUCUUUCUCUUGUCUUCUUACUCUUUAAUACAUCUUCUGUAUCAUGGCGGCGGCAAAUCCGACUCCACCGGUUCCGUCAGUGGUUGAGGUGCGAAAGAACGAUUUCGCCGUACAAUCUAACGGCGGCUGAUAACUCGGGAGCUGUGAUCUCCCAUCCGAUUCUGAAAACAAACAACUACGAUGAGUGGGCUUGUGGUUUCAAAACUGCUCUGCGUUCUAGGAAGAAAUUUGGUUUCCUUGACGGAACCAUUCCUCAACCUCCGGUCGAUUCUCCAGAUCUAGAAGAUUGGUUGACUAUUAAUGCCUUAUUAGUCUCUUGGAUGAAGAUGACCAUUGAUUCAGAGCUUCUUACUAAUAUCUCCCACCGUGAUGUGGCAAGAGAUUUGUGGGAGCACAUCCGCAAGCAAUUCUCUGUUUCCAGUGGUCCGAAAAACCAGAAGAUGAAGGCUGAUCUUGCUACUUGUAAACAGGAAGGUACGACAGUGGAAGCAUAUUAUGGAAAACUCAACAAGAUUUGGGAUAAUAUUAACAACUAUCGGCCUCUUAGAACCUGUAAGUGUGGGAGAUGUGUGUGUAAUCUUGGCAUUGAGCAGGAGAAAGAUAGAGAAGAUGAUAUGGUUCAACAAUUUCUGUAUGGGCUUGAUGAAACGAGGUUUCAUACGAUUCGUUCUAGUCUGACUUCUCGUGUACCUCUUCCUGGCCUCGAAGAAGUGUACAACAUAGUAAGGCAAGAGGAAGAUAUGCUAAACAAUAAGCAAAUCCGAGAAGAAAGACCGGAAGUCACUGCCUUCGCCACUCAAUCUCGUCCACGAUUUGAAACCGGACAAGAAAAAUUCCAAGGCAAAGGAAUUUGCAAACAUUGCAAUUGUGGAGGUCAUUCACCAGAGAACUGCUUCGUUGUGAUAGGCUAUCCUGAGUGGUGGGGUGAUCGACCGAGAGGAAGAGCAAACUCCAACACUCAAUCUGGUCGGGGCAGAGGAAAAGUGAGUGCUGGUUUUAAUGGAGAACAAAGUCGAAACCCAUCCACUUAUGCAAAUGCUGUCACUGCUGGAUCUCCAUCUCUGCAGCGAGCAAACCGUGUCAUUACUGAUCGUGAUCGUGAUGCAGUAAGUGGUCUCACAGAUGAGCAGUGGCGUGGAGUUCUCAAACUUCUCAAUGCAGGGAGAAGUGAUGAUACCAAUGUUAAGAGUGGUGAACAUGAAACUCAGACGGGUAAAUCUUCUAACUCUUCAUCUUGGAUUUUAGAUACGGGUGCUUCCCAUCAUAUGACAGGAAAGCUGAAUCUGUUGACUGAUUUACGGAAUAUUUCACCGGUUUUAAUCAUUUUGGCCGAUGGAAAUAAACGUGUGGCUGUUCGCGAAGGAACAGUUCGUCUUGGGUCGCGUCUGAUUCUGAAUUCAGUUUUCUUUGUUGAGGGAUUGACUUCGGAUUUGAUAUCUGUUGGCCAAAUGAUGGAUGAGAAUUACUGUGUUGUUCAGUUGGCUGAUCACUUUCUUGUGAUACAGGACCGGAAUACCAGAAUGGUGACUGGAGUUGGUAAAAGAGAAGAUGGAAGUUAUUAUUUCAGACGUGUGGAAUCAGUUGCAGCUGUCAACACAAGUUUGAAAGGCUCUUUUGAUUUGUGGCAUAAGCGCUUAGGACAUGCAUCAGCUAAACUUCAGACUCAUGUUAAGACGGUGAGAAGUGAUAAUGGAACUGAGUUCUUAUGUAUGCGUGACUACUUUACACAGCGAGGAAUCCAGCUUGAAACCUCUUGUGUUGGCACCCCGCAUCAAAAUGGACGAGUUGAAAGGAAGCAUCGGCAUAUUCUGAACAUUGCUAGAGCUUUGAGGUUUCAAUCUCGCUUGCCAAUUCAAUUUUGGGGGGAGUGUAUUCUGACCGCUGCUUACCUCAUUAACAGAACACCGUCGGUGCUUCUGCAAGGAAAAACGCCUUACGAGCUGCUAUACAAGGCUGCUCCGACUUACGCUCAUCUUCGGUGGAGGCUCUUUGACUUGGAGGAAAACAGAGUUUUGGUUUCACGGGAUGUAGUCUUCAAGGAAUCAGAAUUUCCUUAUGAAGAUUUGGUCUGUGAGGAAGAUGAACGUGAGAUGGGCUGUACAGGUCAGCAAGCGUUGCCCAAUUUGUCUGAUCUUGUUGAAGUUAUUGGGCUUAAUAAUCCUGCACAACUAAGCCCAACACAAUCAGGCCCACCUCACCAACAAGAUGAAAGACCUAAUGAAUCUGAGUCGCCUUCUGGUUCGCUUGUUCACAAUACGGCGCCUGAAGUUUCUUCGUCCUCUGAGUUACAGCAGACUGCUUCUGUUCCUUUGGCUGCAAUACCAGAAUCUGAGCAGCUAGGGCGAGGUCGUCGCAAGAAACAAGCACCGGUAACUCUUAAACAGUUCGUUACUAAUACAGUCACUGCAAGAUCUGAUCCUCUGAUCUCAAAAUCGAAGUCUCUCUACCCGAUCGAUCACUACAUCGACUAUCAUCGUUUCUCUACAGUUCACAAAGCGUUUAUGGCUGCUGUCACUGCUGGCGUGGAGCCGACAUCUUACAAUCAAGCGGCUCUUGAUCAAGUUUGGCGUGAGGCCAUGACUGCUGAGAUGAAUUCUCUUCAGGAGAACAAGACUUUUUCGAUAGUAAUGUUGCCGCCUGGGAAACGUGCUAUUGGGUGCAAAUGGGUGUACAAAAUCAAGUAUCACUCUGAUGGAGACAUAGAGCGAUACAAGGCACGUUUGGUUGCUUUGGGAAAUCGUCAACAGGAAGGAGUUGAUUAUGACGAGACCUUCGCUCCGGUUGCAAAAAUGAGCACGGUGAGAUUGUUUCUAGGAGUUGCGGCUGCUCGUGACUGGCAUGUAGACUUAGAGGAGGAGGUCUAUAUGAAACUGCCACAAGGGUUUGAUUGUGAUGAUUCGACAAAGGUAUGUCGACUGCGCAAAUCCCUUUACGGUCUAAAGCAAGCUCCGCAUUGCUGGUUUUCAAAGCUUUCUACAGCUUUGGUGGAAUAUGGGUUUAAGCAGUCUCUAUCAGAUUACUCUCUGUUCAUCUACAACAACAAUGGAGCUUGUGUGCACGUUCUGGUUUAUGUUGACGACCUGAUUGUCUCAGGUAACUACGCAACUUCCAUUGAUCGCUUCAAAGCUUAUCUCUCAUCGUGUUUUCACAUGAAAGAUCUUGGCCUGCUCAAAAAUUUUCUUGGAAUUGAAGUAGCUAGAAAUGAUCAGGGGUUCUACUUGUCUCAAAGAAAAUAUGUUUUGGAUAUUAUUUCUGAAAUGGGUCUUCUUGGAGCAAAGCCAUCUUUGUUUCCGAUGGAACAGAAUCACAAGCUUUCCUUGUCCACGUCUCCAAUGCUCUCUGAUCCUGAACAUUACCGUCGGAUUGUUGGAAGACUAAUCUACUUGGCCGUCACGAGACCAGAGUUGUCAUACUCGGUUCAUAUUCUGGCACAGUUUAUGCAACAUCCACGCCAGGAUCAUUGGGAUGCUGUGAUACGGGUGGUUCGAUAUCUGAAACUCAACCCUGGACAAGGCAUUCUGCUCUCACGGUUUUCUAAUUUGCAGCUUCAUGUGAUAGUGAUUGGGCUGCAUGCAACUGUUAGCCGCUCCUCGGCGGAGGCUGAAUACCGCGCUAUGGCGUUUCUCACUCAAGAACUCGUUUGGUUGAAACGUCUUCUUCAAGAUUUUGGGGUUUCUCAUGAUCAACCAAUGAGUGUCUUCUCCGACAGCAAAUCUGCUAUUGCUCUUAGUGUCAACCCGGUUCAGCAUGAGCAUACCAAGCAUAUUGAAAUUGAUUGUCACUACAUUCGGGAUUCUAUUCUUGCCGGUGUUGUUGCGACUACCUUUGUUCCCUCUCAGCAGCAGUUGGCGGACAUACUCACCAAAGCCUUGGGACACAGGGAAAUUCAUUUCUUUCUCCGCAAGUUGGGCAUUUGUGAUGUCCAUGCUCCAACUUGA